CUCUCCACCUCCCCUUGGCCCUCUUGCUAUUAACACUUCAUCACUCUUCAUUACUGAGUCUAAUCAUCUCAUUGAGCCGGAAAUUUCUGUACACUUUCUAAAAUGCUUGCAAAGCCUCUCCUCAUCCUCGGCCUGAUGGCCAUUGCCUCCUCAUUCCAAAUCCCGCAGGGAGCGACAGACGGAGUCUACCGGGCCUACAUUAACGAAUCUGGCGAUGAAGUCCACGAGCUGAUUCCAGCUGGCGCCAUAGACAUCUCGCCUAGGGUACCAAUGAAGCAUGAUGCUCUUUCUGCCGGGCUUGCAAAGCGUGGCGAAGCUUGGUGUGGAUGUGGUUUUGGAAUGGACCACGGAAGCUGUGAUGGGGCAAACAACGCUCUUUCCAAACAACUCAACAAUGGGGGCAUCAUCAAUGGCGGGAUGUCCUUCUAUUCCGUUGUGGGCAGUUCCGUUGCAUUUUUGUGCAAUCGAGAUUCAUUUCCCGCACAAGUGUUCUCGGGCACUGUUGUUAUCGGCGCUCGGCAGGUUACGGCGGCUUGCGGUUAUUACAUUGCUGGAACCUGGCGUGUCGAUGGGUUUAAGGCUAUGGAUUAUGGGUACAUGAACUGGAACAACGGCCUUAAUAUCUGUGGCAAUGCUGAAAAUUCUCACCAGCACCACUGUUGAUAGGGUAAUGAUGCGACAGAGGGCAGCACGGCGACGAGAGCUUUCGGUUGUUGUAUAGAGUUCUCUCCUAGAGUUUUAGCUCGGCCAGCCGUUCGCGGGUUUAUAUUCUUACAGUCUAUAUAACGUG